AAUGUUGUGUUUGUAUUGGUUAUGUUGAUGGUACAUCUUCAGGACGUUUUGUACUUGUUAAAGUGUUAUUUGCCAGAAAAGUCGUAUUUAUCUGAAAUGAUUGAGUAGGAACAGGAUCAGCACCCGGAAAUGACGUCUUAGCGCGUGGGCAAGAUGCCUGACAGCAAGCAGCCCAAGAGGAAGGUAACAGUCGAGACGCCCCCCGCCAGCUCCAAGAGCAAGGACUCGCAGCGUCGGCCGAGCGUGUUCGAGCGCCUGGGAACCAAGGCCGGCACCCCGACAGGCUCGAGCCAGGCCAACGGGGACAACAUCUGCCGCCAGUGGCAGCAGAACGGCAGCUGCGUGUACGGCAAGAACUGCAAGUAUGCCAGCACACACACUCUGAUCAGCCCGUCCAAGCGCCCGGCCAAGAAGGAAGGGGAUGGGAAGACAAAACAGGGCCACGGCGGCAAGGACGACGCCAACAAGCGCCUGCACUCCACGGUGGUGGUGAGGAAGACGCGCAGCCCGGAGCCCAGCUGGGAGAACUGGGACCAGACGGACCUGGAGUACGCGGACGAGAAGGCGCUGGAGAAGAGGCGCCAGCUCCUGCAGCGAGAGCUGGAGCUGCAGAUGAGGCGGGAGAAGGAGGAGCAGCGACAGAAGAAGGAGAAGAAGGCCAAGAAGGGCCUCAGCAGCUCCUCCUCGACGUCGGGCUCGACCAGCAGCACCUCGGACACUUCGACCAGCAGCGACGAGUCGAGCUCGACCAGCAGCUCGGCCUCCUCCGCCUCCCGCCGCCGCCGGGACCAGGGCCGCAAGGGCAGGCGCGGCUCCAGCUCGUCCGGCACGGACCGCGCGGGCAGGAAGAAGCCCGGCAGGAGCGGCAGGUCGUCGCUGAAGGGCGACGAGCUCUCGUCGUCCGGCAAGAAGCUGAUGCCGGGCCACCGCCCGGGGGAACGGCCCCGCUCGGCCUCCGCCAAGCGGCAGCGGGACCCCUCCCCCCCGCCCAGGAAGCAGCAGCCGUCCCUGCUGAAGCCGCCCGCGGCCGCCGGCGGGCCCAGCAAGCGCUCGCUCACGCCGCCCGGGCGCCGGCGACGCUCCCCCUCCCCCCCACUCGCCAAGGGCAAGGGCGGGUCCGGCUCCCAGGCGCGGGCCCCUCUGUCCGGGGGGAAGCCCUCGGGCGGGAAGCACACCGUGUCGCCGCCGCGCCCGGGCCGCGCGGUGUCCCUGGACCACCGGGACAAGCACGCCCGCAGCGUCUCCCCGCGCGGCGCGGCCCGGGACCGCGAGAGGGAGCGGGAGAAGGAGCGCGACAAGGAGCGCGAGCGCGACAAGGACAGUCACCGCGCGCGGAGCCGCACGCCCAAGGGCCGUGCCAAGGAGCACUCCCCGCGCCGGGAGUCCCGCCCCCUCAGCGGCAAGGACCCCAGGAAGAAGGACUCCCCGGACUCCGGCGCCUCCAAGGACAAGGCCUUCAACAGCAGCGGCGGUGGCGGCGGCCGGCAGUCUCCGGGCAAGUCACGCGUGGGCAGCGGGCAGCGGCCUAGGGACAGCAGCUCGGACCACAGGAGAGGCGCGGGCAAGAACAGCUCGCCGCCCGGCGACCGCAGGGACGCCGCGCGCACAGACUCUCGCGACAACAAGGAGCCGUGGAAGUCCAAUGACACCAGGAAGGAGCACGACCGGCCCCGGGACAAGGAGGACGACCGCAAGAGGAGCGAGCGCGAGCGCGACGCACGGCGCUCGAGGGAGCGGGGCUCGCGCGAGACCACGCUGGAGCGAGGCCGCGCGGGCAAGGACGAGGGGGGCCACGGCCGGGACGACGCGUCGCGCAAGCGGGACCCCCAGAUGCUGCCCGGGAUAGUGGCCAAGACCCCGCAGGACCGGGACUUCCUCACCAAAGGUCGUGACCAUGCAGACGCCGACCGAGACCGCGCCCACGACAGAGACAGAAGCCGAGGACGCAGUCGGGAUAACCGCAAUGCAAAGCGAUCGCGUGAUAGCAGUAGAGCGGAACGUGACGGCCGGGACCCAGCCAAAGACAAGGACAGAGACGGCACCGGGGAUAGAGUGUGCGAGCGGCGAGACAAGGAUGGCGGGAAGCCGCGCGCAGACUACGAGCGGGAAAAGGAACGUGACCGGGAGUUGCCGUCCCUGCUCACGCUCAUGACCCACAAACCUGUCGCUGUUCAGCAGCAUCGCGGCAACAGCAAGGGGCUGGGGCAUGACAAAAGUUCGGACAGAGCGAAUGACCGCGACAGGAAUUCAAAUAGAGGAAGUGGUAGAGCCUCAGACAGGUCUUCAGAUCGUGGUUUAGCUCGAGGUUCUGACAGAGGAGCGCCUGAAAGAGGUGGUCUGGGCAGGGGUGGUUUGGACAGGGGUGGCCUUGAUAGAGGCAGUUUGGACAGAGGUGGUUUGGACAGGGGUGGUUUGGACAGGGGUGGUUUGGACAGGGGUGGUUUAGACAGGGGUGGUUUAGACAGAGGUGGAUUAGAAAGAGGUGGUUUGGAAAGAGGUGGUUUAGAAAGAGGUGGUUUAGAAAGAGGUGGUUUAGAAAGAGGUGGAUUAGAAAGAGGUGGAUUAGAAAGAGGUGGUUUGGAAAGAGGUGGUUUGGAAAGAGGUGGAUUAGAAAGAAGUGGCUUGGGUAGAGGUAAUUUGGACAGAGGGGGCCUGGACAGAGUUGGUUUGGAGAGAGCUGGCCUAGAUAGAAUUGGUUUGGACAGAGGUGGCUUGGAAAGAAUUAGUUUAGAUAGAGGUGGCUUGGAUAGAGGGGGUUUGGAUAGAGGUGGCUUGGAUAGAAGGAGUUUGGAAAGAGGUGGUUUGGAAAGAGGUGGGUUAGAAAGAGGUGGUUUGGAAAGAGGUGGUUUAGAAAGAGGUGGUUUGGAUAGAGGUGGUUUGGAUAGAGGGGGUUUGGAUAGAGGUGGUUUGGAUAGAGGUGGUUUGGAUAGAGGUGGUUUGGAUAGAGGUGGUUUGGAUAGAGGUGGUUUAGACAGAGGGGGCUUGGAUAGAGGAGGUUUAGAAAGAGGACUUGAUAGAGUUGGACUUGACAGAGGUCUUGAAAGGGGUGGUUUGGACAGGGGACUUGAUCGAGGUGGUUUGGACAGGGGACUGGAUCGAGGUGGUUUAGACAGGGGACUUGAUCGAGGUGGUUUGGACAGGGGACUUGAUCGAGGUGGUUUGGACAGAGUUGGCCUGGAAAGGGGUCUUGAUCGGAGUCUAGACAGAGGAGUUGAUAGAGGUCGUAAUAGAGGUGUUCUUGAUAGAGACAUUGAUAGAGCUGGCCUUGACAGAGGACUUGAUAGUGGUGGUCUGGAGAGAGGUCUGGAUCGAGGUGGUCUUGAUAGACGACUUGACAGAGGAGGCACCGAUAGAGGUCAUGAUCGAGGACUUGAAAGGGGAGGAUUAGACAGGAGUGUUCUUGACAAGGGCAGUCUAGACAGAGGUGGGUUAGAUAGAGGUGUUGACAGAGGAUUGGAUAGGAGUUCUGAUAGAGGUACAGAGAGGGGUUUUGAGAGAGGGCCGGAUAGGAACUAUGACAGAAACUCAGACCGAGGAUUGGAUAGAUUUUUUGAAAGGAAUGAUGAAAGAGGUAGUCUUUCAGAUAGGGAUAGAGAUAGAGAAAGGGAUCGUGAUCGCAUCAGAGAACGUAGCGACAGGGAUCAUGAAAGGGACAGAGGAAGGGACAGAGACAGUGACAGAGAUUUUUCAUUGUUGGGGAGGGUCAGAGAAGGUGAUAACAGAAGACCAAUUCCACCUGAUGACAAGGGAUAUGACAGUCCUUAUGAUAGCAGAAGAGGCCGGGAGGAGAGGGGCCGGUACCCGGACAGCCUGGAGAGACGCUACGAGGAGCCGGCCCCGCGAGAUGACCCCCGGGCCGUCGAGCGGCGGCUGGCGGUCGACCCCAGGAGCUACCCCGACGACAGACGAGGGGGCCGCCGAGACGACCCGCUCCGGGGCCGGGAGGUGUGGGACGGCCGGGACCGCGAGAGGGAGCUGCUGGAGAGGGAGCCCGACCGCCGCAGGGUGUACGAUAGGGAGGAGGCCCGGCCGGCGGCCGCCUUGAAGGGCCGCGACUGGGAGGCCCGCGAGUACCCCGACUCCCGCCGCGAGUGGGACACCCGCGGGAGGAGGGGUCCCCCCGCCGACUGGGACGCGGCGCGGCGCGGGGAGUGGACGGACCAGGACGCCCUGCCCCUGCCGCUCGCCCUGCCCGCCCUGGAGGACGAGUGGGGGCUGUACGCGGGGCCCGUCGGGCCGGACCGGCGCGGGCCCUGGCUGGACGAGUGGGGCGACCGGCCGCCCCUCGGCCUGGCGGCGGGGGGCCCGCCCCCGCCGCCCCCGGGGGUGGGCCUGCCGCCCGUUGUGCCGCGCGCCCCUCGCUCCCUGCCCCACCGGGACGAGCCCCUGCUGCUGCUGGGGCGCGACGACGACGCGCUGCUCGACGAGGGGCUGAAGCUGCAUGAAGAUCUCAAAGAAAAAGAGCUUUUGGAAGUGAAGGAUGAUAAGCCGGUAGAUGAAGGGGGUCGCCUCGAGGACGCGCCGUCCAAGAAGCCGGUCGAUCCGGCGGACUCUCCCUCGGGGUUGAAGCGGUCCCGGGACGGGUCGGAAAAGGACGCGGACGGCCCGGAGGCCAAGAAGCAGUGCGUGGACGACAGCGUGCCGCUGGAGGAGCUCAGCGACAUCAGCGACGACGACGCGGAUGAGAUCCUGAACCGAGAGGACAGCGAGGCGCCACGGCACGGCCAGCCCCUGGACCCGGCCGCGCAGCCGGGCGGCACGGCCUCCAAGGACGCGGAGGGCGAGCGCGAGGAGAAGGCGCAGGCCGGAGCGGCUCCCGACGGAACCAAGGACCCCGCGGCCUCGAGGACAACGCUGGAUGACCGGCAGGAAGAAGAGACGAUAGACCAGUUAGAUUUUGAAGAGAUUUCCGAUGAAGAACUCGAAGAGGAAAGUAAGACAGCUGGCAUCGGGGACGCGCUGGGAGUGGACUGGGCCAGCCUGGUGGCGGAGUCCAGGCCGAGAGCACGGCCGGACGCGGCCCCGGGCUCCGCGCGCCGCCGCUGGGAGGGCCGUGUGGUGCUGGCGCGGCUGGGCGUGUCCUUCCAGUACGCCGGCAAGGACUUCGUGGACAAGCUCACGCGCAAGGACGAGACGGAAGACAAGGAGAACCAGCCGGAGGAGAAGGAGGCGGCGGCCGGCGACGCGGCGGCGCCCGCCCUCUCGUUCCUGCACCCCGUCGCCGCGCUGCACGGCGCGCUGAGGGAGCGGCAGGCGCGCCGCGCGGCGCUGUUCGCCUCGGCCGGGCCGUACAAGCGCGCCCUCUCCGCGCGCAGGGACCUCGCCAUCAGGCGGCAGCUGUGCAACCUGCCUGCGCGGGAAGUGAGCACGGACUCUCAGCAGAGCCCGGACACGGAUCUGUUCCGCCUCAGCCUGCAGCUGCUGGAGCAGCGAGUGUGACGAGACACUGCCGCUCCGUCACUGUUGGCCGUUGACACUGUUUAAUGUGCUUGAAUUUAUUACUUUGCAGAUUUUUCAAACAUAAUUGGUUUAGUUUUCUUAGUAAAAACUGUAAUACUUGCAUAGCAUACAGAAAAACCCUCAAGAAAAGUCUCACUUGGGAAGUUUUCCUGCAAAGUUGAGUUUAGAAAAUUUAGCAUUUACCUACGAUUAUAGUACCCUAAGUCCAUAUUACUUAAUUCCUUGAGAAACUUCUUAACAGGAUUUUACUGAAUGCAGCUUGGUCAUAAAGCUAGAAAUUUGUGUUGUUAUUAAUCUGCUACAAAAAAAUAAUAAAAAAUAUCAGAAUUGGAAGUUCUAUGCUAUUUGAAGAAAUGUUUAAAGUUGUACUCAUAUUACAGUUGAGAACAAUCCUGUAAGUGUUUAAAUGUUUUCACUCUAUUGAUGUUGAGUGUGUGUGUUUUCUCCAUAAACAUUACCUGGAGGUUAUACUACUUGCAGUAUCCUUGGUGCCAAGGUGUGUUUAGAAUCAAUAACCUGUGGUGCGGGCUGUACCGGGAUAGGUUAAGCUAACCUGCAACAAUCACAUUUAAAAAAUAUUCCUAAAACGUUUAUUUUGUUGUUUAUAUUUUUUAAUGCUGUAUCAUAUUAACUGUCAACUGAAGAAAAUAAACAUGUUUUGAAUUGUUCAUAUCAUAAAAAAAAUUUUAAACAGGGCUUUGAGUUAUAAAGACAUAUAUAUAUACCAGCUAUGGAAUCAAUCUUGUACUUGACUGAUGAUUCAUGAAGUAUUUAUGUAAAUGUUAUAAUUUGUGUAAAAUAAAAACUUUUUGACAACUUC